AUGGAAAUUACCCUUCUAGGAAACAUCAUUGACAUCAUUCUGCAACACUGGCGGACUGGCUCGGGAGAAUCCGGCCGAGCAAGCCUUUCCCCAUUCGGUUACAACCUCUAUCCACAAUUCAGAAUUGCCUGUUUAGGAAGCAUCUCCACGUCAUCGGAUCAUGAGUCAGUCUUGGAGUCAAGAAGCCUGCGUGUCCAAGUCCCUCGACACCCCCGACAGCCUUUGAGAAGACAGUUGUUCUUCGUCGACGUCUCCGACAAGAACCACCGACAGAACGCUCGAUCACAUAUAGUAACCGAGCGUCUCCGAGACCUCAGGCGGUGCCCCAGAGACCGAGUGCACGCUGCCACCAAACCACCCAAAGUACCAGAUCGCCCGACCACGGGCUCCACUCGCAAGCGUCGCUACGGGCAGCGCAUCAGGCUAGAUGGGCCAACCGAUCCGGAGAAAGCAGCUAGCACCGCACCGGCACUUCCGGCCAUCACUCCUCGAGAUCUGGGCUCAUUCCAGACCUGGCCUGUCCCCUUCACACCAGAAGUCCUUCUGUUGGUGGAUCAUUACAUAAACAUCAUCCCAACCCUGCUGCACCCCCCAACCCAGAAACCCCCCCAACAGCGCAACCUCGCCAUAGACCUCUUCCACAUCUACCGCCUCCACCCCGCAUCCUUCCAGGGCAUGCUCUACCACUCCGCCCGCCACAGAGAAGGCCUCUACCAGUCCGACCGACCCACCCCCACCUCCGCAUCACUCCCCUGGAAAAUCCAGACGCUCCGCGCCAUAAACCACCAAAUCAGCAAGUCGCAAACAACCAACACGCACCCCGACGACGGCACCAUCAUGGCCAUAUACCUCCUUUCCGCGGCCGAGCGGAUGUGGGGCGACCUCGGCACAUUCAGACUCCACUGGCGCGCCAUGUACGAUAUCAUUGAUGCGCGCGGGGGUGCGGAGGCGUUUGUUACGGAUGAUCUGGUCUUCGCGAAGGUGUUGUGGAAUUGCUUUGCGCUCUUGAAUGCGGAGGAUGGGUAUUAUAAUUGUCCGGCUGCGGUGGGGGAGAGGAGUGGAGGGGCGAAUUAUGAUUUCGUGCUACCUCCGGCGAGUAUGCUGAUGAAUUGUCAUUAUUUUGGACGGGUUUUUGCGGAGAGGAAGGGGGCGGUUCUGAAGGCUGUGCCGGGGAGUGAGGAUGAGAUGCUGAUGCAGCGGGAGAUGUAUCCCUGGCGGGUUGGCUCUUUUAAACCUGGGUCGAUGCUCUAUCGGGUUCUUUGUCCGACAAGCAAUGGCAAAUCCAAGUCACGUCUGCAUCUCACAUCUCAGAACCCACCCCAGACCUACCCUGUGCGAAUCCAAGGCGACCGCCUCAAAACAGAUAACUGCCGCCUGGCAUGCAUCAUCUACCUCAACCUGCUAUUCAUCCAGCUGGGCGACUUCUCCGCCCGCACCGAGACAUUCCUCCUCGCGCUCGAGAACGAACUAGCCCCACUUAUCCAGAUGAACAUGGAUAUGCUGUCGCCGGAGUACUUGCUCUGGAUUUUGCUUCGCUGCCAGACCGUCCUGCCGGCGCAACAGUCGAGGGAGCUAUGGAUGCAGGCGAUUCGGGUGAUUGCGGUCGUGAAGCGCGCAAGGUAUCAGAGUCUGGUACAGUACGCUCGAGCGAUGUUUCUGUUUCUUGAGAUUCCGACGGAUGCGCGCAGGUUGGCUGCUGUAAUGGAGGUGGAUUUGGAGACUAUACAGGAUGAGGCGCUUGGGGUGGGGAUGGAUCGGGGGAUUGAGGGCUUAUUGGAUGAUCGGGAUCUGAAGCCGUCGUCGGGUGGGGGUUGUUUGGGGGAGUCGUCUGGGGGUUUGAGUGAGUUGUUCUGGUUCGCGGGGGGACAGACAUGA